AGCGUAACCUGCUCUGAUUGGCCAGAGGAUGGAAGAUGUCAUGGAGGGGCAAAGUAAUGUAGCUCAAACCAUAAACAAAUGUGUUUGGGAGCGUCUGUGCCUGUGGUGGAAUAACUGCAGUCAUUGGCAGUUAGAAACCCUUACAUAAACUGCAUGUACCCAGAUGGAGGAAUUAUUUGUUAAUAAUAGCUAAGUCAGACUAGCAGGAGUAACUCGCCACACCACGCUAAGGCUGGUGCAGGCAUCACCAGGAACCACUGACAGCCACACUCCACACAUAUCACACAAGGCAGUUACUGCCAAGCUGAAUGCAGUAAGGUGUGUCAGGGCAAGAAUUGCUUAACCUCUCGUACUGUAAAUAACUUACCUCAUACUGAUGUGGCAGCAGAAGUAAUGGAAGGGGCACCAUCCCACAACAGCACAGGUCAAGGUGUUACAUAUGGGUGUCAGACACAGGAAAUUGCAUCUUCAGUUAAUAUGGAGUUAGAAGAUGCUGAAAGAGACUCCACAAAUGCUAGCAACAAAGAUAUGAGUGUCAGAAGUACUACUGUAAAUAAUCAGCUGGACAAAUUUGGGAAUAGAAACUCCACUGAAGAUAGCUAUAUAAUAGACAAAAGUGCCAAAACACAGGUAGAUUAUAUGAAUACUAUUGUGGAUGUUGCAGAAAAUACAAAGCACCUUAAUUUGUAUAGUAGUGAAAAUCUGGAUUCAAAGUAUCGCAAUAUUAAAGGUAAUACGUCAUUAGAUUCUACAUUUGUUAAUGUUCAGACAUCUGAUGUGUCUGAGAUUGCAAGAGAAAAGUCAGGGAAAACACCUUAUAUGAGCAUCACUUGGACCAAUGAACCAGAAAAAGCAGAUAAUAAAGGUACUUCCUGUUCAGAAAUAUCGCUGUGUACAAAAAACAGAACUGCACAACUUGAAAAAUCAGAAAAUAUAGCAAGCACCAGUAAUAUACAAGCUGAAAUAUCUGAAGGGGUGUCAGAUGUAGGCAUAACACGUAUCACAGAGUUAAGAAGUAUAGAUGAUGUCAGCAUUAAGAUUUCUGAAAAUUCACAGGACAAAAAUAUCAGUACUAAGAUUUCCAAAGAGUCACAAGACACACAGGACAAAACUAGCAUUAAGAUUUCUGAAGAGGCACAACACAAAGAAAACACUGUUCUACAAACUGUCCUGGAAAGUGAAAAACAAAGUAGUGAUCAGAUGGAAACUACUGCAAAUGAUGAUUAUGAAUCAGAUGAACCAAGUGAAGAUGUACACACCACCAAGCUAGGAAAAAUUUGUAGAAUAUGUGGCAAAAUGACAGUAAAGUAUGAUGGGCCUAAAAAAGGUGUCCCAAAACAUGAGGUUAUUAAACAUGUAAAAAAAGUUUGGAAUGUCGAUAUUUCAGAUGAAAAUAAUGAUAUAUACCCUGUCAAUGUGUGUGUUAGUUGCGAAAGAAAAAUAAAGCGAUUGUACUCCAAAAUUUGUAAAAGAAAAAAAUGUGAAAUGUUUAGACAAAAGCCAGCUGAAUUUGUUGAACACACUGAGAAUGAUUGUGCUGUAUGUUUAUUGAGAGAGAGAACUCCUUCUCCUCCUUGUUUACCUUCAUGUGAAUUAUCCCAGCAAGAAACUGUUUCAGUAAAUGAAGUUGAUAAAUGCCUGGGUAGUGAUAUGGAGGUCAGAGGUAACUCCAUAUGUCAAACAUUAUUAGAAUCUAGGAGAAAUUCGACUCGUAAAAGAAGUUGGGAAGGCCAUGGGGUAUCUUUGAAAUCCAUUGGGUGUCAGACAGAACUGAAUGUUGGAUCAGAGAGUAUGACUGGUUUAGAAGAACAUGAUUAUACUCAGGAUGAAACACUGAGCCAAUUCCUUGUCUUACCCAAAAAAUUAGGUGGCAGAACACCCUAUCAAAAGCAGUCACUUAGCUCUGUUAAUGCCAAGUACAUCAGACAAGAUCGCCUUAAGCCUUUGAUUGCUCAUAUCGACAAAUUUUGCCAGUUGCACAAGGAAGAUAAAAUUGAUGCAAUGUUUUUCUUGUUGAUGCAGACACUGCGAGAUGCUGGUGACCGAGCUAGAGAGAAUCUUGUAUUGGACAUAUGGUGUAAGAAGAACAAUGUUGGCAUGUCGCUUACAGAAGAAGAGUGUCUUGCUAAGCGAAUCUUACUCAAGCAGACCAAAGACCAGUAUAGAAAAGAAUAUAGCUAUUAUAAAGAAAAAUUAGAAAAGUCUGUAUUAAAGCCUCCAUUUAUUAUUGAUAGACUGGAAAAGACUUACUUCCCAGAGCACCUUGAGUAUUUUGUAACCGAUGGAGAAUUAGGACCUGUAAUAUAUCAGCAUGAAAAAAGCACACAUCCUUCAUACUUCACUAUUACAGACUGUCAAGAUGGUAAUAGCAAAGGAGACAGUGCACGUGCUGGUGUUAUGGGUGUUCGAUGGCGAUACUUUGAUGCUGUUGCUAAGACAUUGGAAGAAUUGUCACAUUCUGUUGAAAAUGAAAUCCAAGACCUUGAUGAUGAUGCUUGUAUAAAAGUUGACAUGUUUGAUUACUGUGAAGAAAAGAGAGACUUGACAAAUUUUACUGAUAAAAAUGACUCCUCAGGAAAUGGCCGAGGGAUUCAAAGUAAAAUGAUAACUUAUUUUUUUGGUAUUCAGUCUAUGGUGGUCCUGACAGAAAAUACAGUCACUUUAUUAUAUAAAUCUGAUCCAAAUACAGUGCAGUUCCGACCUCUUAUGAAAGCACUCGUAGCAGAAGGUGGUGCAUUACAUCCUGCUGUUAUGGCAAUUGAUGAAGAAAGGGCUGCAAUGACUGAUAAAAUCUUCCAUAUUACACUGCCGAGUGGUAUGCCCCUUCGUUUUAUGGUUUUCUUUACCAAUUCGUCACUUGAAAUAAGGAAAGAUUACAGGAAUAUAAGUGGGCUUACGCUCUCUUCUUUCAAAAAAGUUCCAGUAGUUAUCAACCGAUAUGGAAGUAUCUGCCUGGAACUUAAGAGGAGCUGGCUGGCUUCAAGCCCACGACUGGUUAAUGUUAGUAGAGUCACAAACUCUCGUACAAAAUGUAGCCGGUGUGGAGAGCAGGGCCACAAUGUCCGGAAGUGUUCCUUGCCAUCUGAUAGUGCAUCUGGAGACACUCGUGUUCAGCCUAAGAAACGUAAAAAACAACGAACAGCUCCAUCACCUUCAUAUUCCACUGUUGGUCAGACCACUCAGAUUUUUUCAAAAGAUUCAAAAAUGCUUGAUUUGGGCAAUCAUCACCAGCAUCAGCAUCAUCACCAACAUCCGAAUCCCCAAUCACAGCAAGAAUCACAGGAAACACUUGCUCACCUUGCACCAGGAGCAACCAGCAUUGAUCAGAAUUCAGGAAUUAUUCGUAGUGAUGAUCAAAUCCUUUGGACUUGUCCUAGUUUAGGUAAUACACCAUCACAUAUUGGGACCAGCACACCUCAAGGUACUCAGGUGUUGAUACCUACUCACAUUCCCUCUUCCAAUGCAGAUUAUCAGUCAGUAUUACCUCAGAGGACUCAUGCACAAAUCUCGCAGCAACCUUCUGCGCCUUUGUAUGUCUGGACAUACACAGUUGUACAGCCACAACAAGGCCCAUCACAUCCUCAGCAACUCUCUCUUGUUCAUCACCAGCCAGCACAAACAAUAUCUCAGCACACUCACCAGCAGCUGUCAAUGGUUCAUCAGCAGUCAUCUCAACAAGAAUCAUCCCAACACCAUCAGCAGUUGUCAGUGGUUCACCAGCAACCCACUCAGCAAGAAGCAUCUCAACAGCAUCAGCAGUUGUCAGUGGUCCAUCAGCAACCACCUCAGCAAGAAGCAUCCCAACAGCAUCAGCAGUUGUCAGUGACUCAUCAACAGCCAGCUCAGCCAGGCACACCUGAGCAACAUCAGCAGCUGUCUGUUGUUCACCAACCAUCAGGACAUCAAUCAACUCAGCAGUCUCAACAUCUUUCUGUUAUUCAUCAACAGAGUCCUCAACAGCCACCACCACAACAGAGCCAGUUGUCUGUAGUGCAUCCACAACAGAUUCAGUGCCAGUCUCAACAACAAUCAGCAACACCGCAAAUUAAUCUUAUUGUACAGCAGGCAAGUCAUCCACAAACAGUUCGGCAAUCACAACUGUCUGUGGUCCAUUCACAGUCAACAUCCCAGCCCCAGUCACAGCAGCUAUCAGUGGUCCAUCAACAAUCAACAUCCCAGCCACAUUCACAACAGCUGCCUGUGGUCCAUUCACAAUCAACAUCCCAUCCACAGUCACAGCAGCUAUCUGUGGUCCAUCAACAGUCAACAUCCCAGUCACAAUCACAACAGCUAUCUGUAGUCCAUUCGCAAUCAACACCCCAACAACUAUCCGUGGUCCAUCAACAAACAACAUCCCAGCAACUGACAGUGGUCCAUCCACAAACAACAUCUCAACCACAGUCUCAACAGCCGCUUUCUUUGGUGCAUCAACAAGCUUCGCAAUCAGCCAACUUAGUUCAUCAACAGGGACCACAGUCACAGCCGCAGACAACCCAGUCAGAGCCAUCCUCACCUCAACAAAGAUUAAUUCAUCCCCAAACCUCAGAGUUACAACCAAUUAUAGGUCAGUGGUAAAAAGAAUCAAACAUCUGCAAUCAAGAGUAUUCUGGCACAACACUAUGUUAUCACUGGUUUCGUAUUAUCAUCAUUCCGGGAUACUUUUAUAAUUAUACAAAGCUUUAUGCUAGGGUGUAUGCAUUCAACCUGUUAGGUAACCUGAAUUAUAAGGUUAAAAUGCAGUUUCCUGAUAAUGUAUAUUGCUCCAAAUAAUUUGUAAAGGUUUUAUUCUCUAAUGUUAAUUAGAUUGUUUGAAUUAUUAUUUAUUAUUUGAUAUUUGUACUGUAGUGUGAGCAAAGUAACAUUUAUGAAGGGGUUCAGGGAAACCGGCAGGCCGGACUUGAGUCCUGGAGAUCGGAAGUACAGUGCCUGCACUUUGAAGGAGGGGUGUUAAUGUUGCAGUUUAAACUGUAGUGUAAAGCACCCUUCUGGCAAGACAGUGAUGGAGUGAAUGAUGGUGAAAGUUUUUCUUUUUCGGGCCACCCUGCCUUGGUGGGAAUCGGCCAGUGUGAUAAUAAUAAAAAAAAAUUUGUACUGUAAUUGGAGACCAUAACCAUAAAGAAACAAUUUAAGCAGCCUAUGAGGCUGAAACUGUAAAUAAAUGGUCAGUGGAAUUUCUUAGUGUAAUGACUUUUUUUAUUCAUUCACUGGCAUAUAAAGGAUGAGAUAUAAGCAAGAAAAAACUAAACCUCACUUCCAUUUAUACCCUUCCAUGAUCCAUCCUCAAACCCAAUUUAUUUUGAGCCUUAGUUACACAAGUAACCCGCACAUAGAAGAGAGGAGCAUACGACGACAUUUCGGUCUGACUUGGGCCAUUUAGAAUUGAGAAUUUUUGUGUUGGUACAUUUUGAGGUUAAAGUUGCUGCAAAAGUUGUGCAUCUUGAUAAUGUCAGACAGAGGAUUGAGCUUCUGCCUCUCCUUGUGUUGAAUGAACCACAUGGGUUUAAGUGCUUUAUACAACAAUUUAUACUAAUAGGAUACCAAAUUCCACCGGAUAAGUUUUAGUCGAUCUGGAACUCCAUUGUCUGGGUACUUUCAGGGCAUUCCAGUAUCUUAGAAGCUGAAUGAACUUUUUUUUUUUUUUUUUUUUUUUUUUGCUGAAGUAUUUUAUAAUGCCUCAUAACUUGCAGAAAUUUGUAUUGCUUACAGUUUAUCUCAAAUUGCAAGAUUACUGUAGGGAGGAGGAAAGGGAUGGGUAGACUGUAGCUAAAGAGAACAAAUAGACUAGAGUGAGUGAUUCAAAAUAGGGGGAAAAUGUGCGUAUUCUUAGCACUGUUGAACUGUGACAUUAUACCAUGUUCCAGUAUUUUAAACAAUCAGUGACUUGCUAGAAAGCUUUUCUUUGAAAUCAAAGUGGUAGAAUGAAAGUUAUUGUCGUUAUUUUAUUACGAUCUAAAAUACAACCCAAAAAUUAACUGAAAAAAACUUGACAUACACCAUAAGUCUUAAAAGAAUGAGCAAAAAGGAAAAUUUAAUCUGCCACUUUAAGGCCACUAAUUUAAAACUUACCUGCCAUGGGCUCAUACCCACCUGUUCUGUGAUUUUUAUGAGUAUAUUGUCAUAAUUUUUUUUAUAAAAAAUUAAUUUUUCAUGUUUUGUUUUAUUGUAGAAGAAAACAUUGCUAUAUGUACGUAACAUUUACACAGUGCACAAUUAUAAAAAUACAUUUCAAGGAUAUGAUACAUAUGUUACUGUAGUAAUAAAAACUAUGCUAUGAUUUAUCAAAAAUAUGGAUUGAUUUGUGUUUUACCACAGUACAAGACAUGGUAGUACAGUCUGGUCUCAGCUUAUGACUGUUUCUGAAAAUCAUUAGUUACUCAGGUGUUUGAAACUCAGAACCUACUUUUCCGCAGACAUCCGUUAUAAUAGGUAAUGGAUUUCCGAGUCAUAUUUUGUAUUUAAAUUCAACGAGCCCUUGUGGUUUAACGCUUCUUUUUGAUUAUAAUAAUAGUAAUAAUAAAAAUAAUUAAACUUAAUGAAAUAUGUAUAUCCAGUGCUCAGAGGAGUCUCCCUCCUUCUUACUUCCAUUCAACCAUAUCCUCUCCCAUCAUAUCUGACAAUAUGACACAAGCAACAGGACUGCUUUCCUCCUUCCCUCCCUCUCAUUUUAUUUGACAUACCACUUUUUUUUUAAUAUGAUUACCAUUUCACUGUUAUAGUGAGGGUAUGGGGCACCUGAGAAUAUAAUAUGGGAAACUAGUAGUUUGGGUUAUUGAGGGCCAGAGUGCAGUGUGAGCUAAGUUGUCCUACCUUUCUCCUUGACACAUACUGGAUGAUGCACUCGAGACACCACCAAACAGAUUAGCAUAAUUAUUUUUUUCUACAAUCUUGACUGAUCUCUACCACAUAACAGCCUUCUACACAUGCAUAAAAUGACUAAAUAAAAUAAUUGCAUUUUAUGGAAAAAAGAGCUGUAUAGCCCUUGUGGCUUAGCGCUUCUUUUUGAUUAUAAUAAUAAUAAUAUAGAAAAAAGAUAGAAAAAAUAUUACACUGAAUUCAUAUCUUUACAAAAUCACAAUUAUAAAUUCUACACCUCAAGCACACUUGAGCCCUUCACACAUGCAAUAAAUGCUGACAACACAAUAUAUAAGUGCAUUUUGUGAAAAUUUUUAGAAAAAAUAUUGUAAUACUAGAUUCAACUGUAAAAAAAAUUGUAAUACUGUAGUAAUAUUUGAAGAGAUAUAGCUAUCCCCAGCUGAAUGACCAUUUCCAUGAUGUAAUUUUGAAUAAUGACCAAAAACAAACCACCCCCACUAGGACCAACUCACACCCUUAACUGAAUUCCAGGCUGUGGCUUAUCCUAUCCUUGAUUACUGACCUCUUCCUCAUCCAACCCAAUAUUUAUUUAUCAUCUCACAGGUUUCCAUAGAUAGGACUAAAUCCACUCAAUUUUGUAUCAGCAGUUAACACGUUUUUUUUUUUUUUUUAAUACUCCAGCCAUCUUCCACUGAGGCAGACCCAACAAAGAAGAAAAUUCUUUCACCGUCACUCAUUCUAUCACUGUCUUGCCCAAAUGGCACUUACACCACAGCUCAGAUGACACCCCAAACUGAAACAUGCCCACCUCUCCUUCAGAGUGCACUAGCUGUACUUUCUACCUCCAGGACUCAAGUCUGGCUAACCAGUUAUCAUAAAUCCCUUCAUAAACUGUGAGGAAAAUGGGACUAAUAUUUAUACUGUAAAUAUAAAUGGUUUAUCACCAUGGGAGAGAGAAAGAGAGAGGAUUGGAUUGUGUCUGUGUGAGAGGAGUGUUAUAUUACAUGAUUUCUCUCUCUCCAAUGAUGGGUCCAUUGUUUAGUAGAGGCAAAGUGUAGUUUUUAUUCCCCCCAUCCCCAUUUUAUGAGUGCAUAACACUUAAAGUUAUGACAAAAACCUACAUAAAAUUAUCUAUAUAUUGGGAGAAGUAUCACGUCCUGUUUUGUUACUGUGAGUUGAAGCAUAUGUGAUGGCUUGCAAACUAUUGUUUGGUUGAAAGGUUGCAAUGACCCUUAGGCCAUAGCAAUUUUUCAAAUGCCCAUCACAACCUUUCUACCCAGUAGUAGUCAGCCUAGAAGCAGUCACAACCCUUCAAUCCAACACUAACUAAAACACGAUGUUAUACAUCUCUCAAUAUUUUGAUAAUACAUAGUUUUUGUGUUAUGCCCUUGUAAAAUGGGGGCUAUAAUGCUACUAUCCCUCUGCUAAACAAUGAAUCCAUCUCUGGUGAUGGGAAGGAGUUGUAGAAGGUAUAGUAUGUAACAUGACACCACUUCUCUCUCACAGAUUUGAUCACACACUGAAAUUUUUGUCCCUUUUGGUGUUACCCAUUUUACGAGCUCAUAUCACCACUAUACCUCUGGUGGGCACAUAUUUUAUUAAUUUCAUGGCUGAAAAAAUCAGGAAUUACAUACAGAAUAUUGUACCAGACCCCAUCUCAAGUUAUGGUUGUCUAGGAAAAUCAGAUUCACUUAAUAUAUUUUUUGCUAAACCAUUCCAAUGGUCCCUAUCUAGGUUAUUACAGGAAUAGAGGGAUCCACUGCACUACUGUAUUAUGGAUUUUUCAACAGUUGCUUCAAUUUUUUUUUUUUUUUUUUUUUGUCUUUAGUUUCAGUAAGUUUUGGGGUUGGCACUCUUCUUGAAUCGGUUCCAAGCCAUUUUAUUUUUCAUAGAAUUCCAGCACCUUCCAUUAAACUUAAACUAUUCAUUACUAUUUUAUUUCCUGAUAUAAAUACUUUUUAAGUAUAAAGGCCAAUAUCAUUCUGAAGCUAAGCAUCACUGAGUGACUACUAUAAGGCGUAUUAUCUGUAUGGUUGAUUUAAUGGACUCGUGCUAAGGAUGUCAUCUUACACAUUUUGACCACCUCAAAAAAUGCUACCUCUACUUUUUGUAAUUCCUUAUCCCUCUAUUACAAAUUUUGUUUUAUGACACCUUGAAUUGGUUACUGGAAGAAUGUACAUAAAAUUAAUAAAAAUUUUAAAGAGCAUAAAUAUUAGAAUUUAAUGCAUUUAUGAAAAUAUAAUAAAUUUAUUACCUUAUUUGCUGUUGGAACAUCCUGGUGUAACCAGUUUACAAUAUAUUUUUCAACUUUGUCAUGUGAUUGUAAAGCGGUAGAGUACAUUUCUUUUAAGCAAUAUAAAUAUAAGCUGUACAUUGUGUGUUGACUGUCAGGAAAGAUAAGGUUUUACUGUACAGUAUUUGUAAACACUUGUUAUGUAGGAAUGACACUGAUUUAUAAUAUAUUAUUCAAUACUUUUAGGGAGCAAGACUCAAAAACAUCAUGGUUAUGAAAGCAAUCUUUCACAUUUUGCUUUAUACAAUAUUACUGUACUUGUUACUAUGAUAGCAAACCCACAAGGAAAAAAUGAAAUAGAAGGUGGGGAGGGAAGGGGUUGUAUAUUUCAAUAUACAGUGGGCCCCCGGUUUACGAUAUUAUUUCAUUCCAGAAGUAUGUUCAGGUGCCAGUACUGACCGAAUUUGUUCCCAUAAGGAAUAUUGUGAAUUAGAUUAGUCCAUUUCAGACCCCCGAACAUACACAUACAAACGCACUUACAUAAAUACACUUACAUAAUUGGUCGCAUUGGGAGCUGAUCGUAAACCGGGGGUCCACUGUACUGUACAACUGAGGCUCUUUUCAGCAGACUGAAGGCACUAUAACUGAGAAUCUGUUAAUUUCCCUAUAAAAUAAUAAUAAUGAUCCUUUGCUGAAGGUAGUCUCACUUGUUACUAAAAAUACAGUAAAAUCUUUAACAAAUUUCAGAUUUAAUGAACAAAAUCUGUGGGUGAUCAACAUACAGAAACAAUGGAUAAAGUCUGUUAAAUCCAAAUUGCCCAUUAUUUUUACAAUCCACUAGGUAAACUGAUUUCAUAUAUAACAGAUGAUCUGUCAAAUCAGAAUUAUCCUCUUAUUACAGACAACUCUGGAUCCAACAAAGUUCAUUAAAUCCAAUACAAUUUAAUGGUCAACUGGCUUUAAUGGGCACCCUCUUUCAUCUAUUAGUCUAGUAAAUCAAGAGAUUACUCAUACAGCACUACUCUUAGCUUCUGUUUCAUUGUCUCCAUGUGGGUUCACUUGUACCUUUGACAACUGUUUAUUAUGCUUUUGCUUUCAGACAAUAUUACAUGUCGGAUAAAGCCAAGAAAGUUGGUGCGUGUUGACUCUUCAGGAAUUAGAAAUGUAAGCUAGGCUUUUUUUAAUAUAUGUAAAUUAGAAUUAGAGCUUUAACAUUUUAUGCUUUCAAAGUAUAUAAUUACCUUUAGCAUCUAGAUGUAAAGGAAACUUUACCAUACAACUGAAUGGGGAAUAGAGAAUACAGCAUUCCCUUUUUUAUGCUAGAUAUUUUUUAACUUUCAGCACAAAUGUAAGAGUAAGUACAAAUUUAAGAAUGUUUAAGUUAAUUCAAUGUACUCUAUGUAGUAAAAAUAUAUAUUUUUAGUACAUCAUUUGUUUUAUAUAUAAACUCCCAUAUUUUUACAAAUUCAGUGCACACCAUAGUAGUUUACCUGUAGUCAAUUCCUGGGGGUCACCCUCCCUGUUCCAGACCAAUACAAAUAUGGCAAGACUGUUGACAUGUGGACUGGCAUGCACUUCAAGGUAAAAGGGGUGACAAAGUGUUCUUAUCCCAUCAAUGAGCAUAUUGUCCAAGGGACUAAGAUUUCCCUUUCUUUUCUUAGAUUAAACCUAAUUAUUUCCCUAGAAACUUUGGCCUUUAUGGGUUAAACACUUUUCCAUGACUAAUAAAUGCUCAUGAAAUUCACUGAUAAUUUUUUCAGAUCAGUGUCUUUGCCAGUUUACUAAAAUAUACAUUUACAAAGCCAGGUUGUGAGGGUUGUGUAGGCCUGUUCCCUCGGGAUUGAGCCUGUACCUUUCUUUGGAUCAAACCUGAUUGCCUACUAUUUCCCAGAAGCUGUAUAAUACAAGUUUUGUGUUUCUCCCUAAAUACAAUAUGUAUGCCUGCAAGUCAUUAGUAGAAAGUCUGCUUGAUCAGGCAAUCGGCAAUGAUUUCUGGCUUUAGGUCAAGCUUUGAGCACUAAAGACGUAUUUGGAUCAUUAACCCAAGGUUAGUUUCCUACGUUAACUCAAGAAAGUCAGUAUGACUUAUUCCCAUUAGGGUCCAAUUUAGGUCCUUCCCCAGGAAAAAAUGCCUUGAGACUGGUUAGGGGCUCUCGAUCCAGAGAAUAGGACAGUAAGUUGGUUUGAACCUGAAUGCCUCCCAUUGCCCAGGUGCUGUGACCCCCAUACAGAUUUAACACGUCUCCCUGAAUAAAAUAAAAGAUCCCUUGGGAAGGGGCUCACAUAAAUUGACUACCUCUUCAGUACUGUAUUUGUUGAAUGCUUGGUAACCAGCAGCUUGUUAGGAGAUUUGCCUAUGUAUCCUGCAGGUGCUUGUGGCUCAGAUGGUAGCUUCCUUAGCUCACACAUGGACUGAGAAUCACUAGCAUGAAAUGUUGGGCAUGAUUCCUGCUGCCCAUUUACCAAACGGUAAGUAGGUACCUGGUUGUUAGUCCAAUGUUAUGAGUCGCAUAUUGUGGAAGAAAAUUCAAGGAUCCCAAAUGCAGUAAGACUGACAGUCCCAGAUGACACAGGCUAUUGGAUUAUUCUGGAUCGCUAACCUCCAGGUUAAAAAUUCAAAAUCUUUUCUAACAUGCAGGGUUUGACCUUGUUCAGCUCACAGUUGAGAAGUUGUGAGCCAAGCAAGCAUGAAUGGUCACCAGAAUUCCAAGACUGGAAAACAUCAUUGGAAAAAAAAAAAUUACUUUUGUGUUACUUUUUCUGCAAGAUUUUAUUAAAAACAGUUUAUUGUAUAUAUAUCGUUGGUAUGAGGAAUACUGGUUUUUUCUAUCAAAUUUGUACUAAUUAUAGCUACUGUGCUAUGAGAAUGAUUCCCUUCAAGGAGGAUGAGGUCCUUUGAUGUUGAAGGGCUCUUGAUCCAAGGAAUGAGAUAUACUCCUAUUACGCGGAUGAAAUCUGAUUACGUGUAUUACCAUUAUAUUCCCUUGCUAUAACCAAAAAUUCAGCAUGAUGAUGAUUACGAUCACACUAAAUUUAGUUGAAGUCCACAUGCACACCUGCUCAGGUAAAGGUGUCACAGUUGCUAGAAACCCCUGUAAUCAUGAGCACACUCUUCAUUUUGAAUAUCUAAAUAUAACUACAGCAACAAUGGCAGUUGAUUACUCAAGUUAAUCAUGUCAACAUUUCUAGUAGGUGAGCGUGUACGCAUUUGUGCAUGUGUACUCGCCUUUGUUGUUUCAGGGGUCGAUUAACAGCUCCUGACCCCACCUCUUCGCUGAUCGCUACUAGGUCCACACUCACUGCUCCAAGAACCUUAUUGUACCUCAUCUUAAAGCUAAGCAUGGAUCCUGCCUCCACUAUACUCUCCAGGUUGUCCAUUUCCUAUUAACUCUAAGGCUGAAGAAAUACUUCUUAACAUCCCUAUGACUCAUCUGAGUUAACUUCCAGUUGUGUCCCUGUGUUUCAUCUCUCUAACAAUCUGUCCCUUUUUACCCUAUAAUUUUUUUUUUUUAUUAACACACUGGCCGAUUCCCACCAAGGCAGGGUGGCCUGAAAAAGAAAAACUUUCACCAUCAUUCACUCCAUCACUGUCUUGCCAGAAGGGUGCUUUACACUACAAUUUUUAAACAGCAACAUUAACACCCCUCCUUCAGAGUGCAGGCACUGUACUUCCCAUCUCCAGGACUCAAGUCCGGCCUGCCGGUUUCCCUGAAUCCCUUCAUAAAUGUUACUUUCAUCACACUCCAACAGCACGUCAAGUAUUAAAAACUAUUUGUCUCCAUUCCUAUCAAACACGCUCACGCAUGCCCG